AUGCUGUCUCUACCCAUCAUCGCACCAGCGGCUAACACUCAAUUUCAGUCACCACUCAUUCGCCUUCCAGCCGAAAUCAAGCAUAUUAUAUAUGGCUACUGCUUCACGGCUGAUAGCCCUAUCGUUGAUCCUGCUAUCAGGUGUUCGCCAUCGAGGAAUACCUUCAUCCCGAGGAGCGAACUUGGUCUGACCAUCUUGCGAACUUGCCGUGGAGCUUACCACGAUGCUGACAUCCGCCCUCUUUUCUCUCGGAACACUUUUCGAUUUACCAAUGUCGACCGCGCACGAUGUUUUUUCCAGGGCCUUGGCAGUGAUCUUGCUGCGCAUGUGCAGGAUAUCGAAUUUGACGCGAAGAACGUAAGUUCCGGGCACCCAGAUAUUGCUCGAGAAUUGCUCCACUACAUAUCAUGGGGUUGUGCGAAAUGUGAGAAAGAUAUGAGCGGCUUGCAUAUCGAUGCUCCAGGAUUGAACUGCCUACGGUUCAACUUUGACUCUUGGCCUUGCAUUUCCAUGUACAGGGCGGACCUCUGGAAUCUCCUAAGGAAUUUGCUCCAAAACGUGCAGGGCCUCGACCGGAUCGUAGUUACUGGCGCCAGCAAAGGCAGUGCCAUGGCGCGACGCGAGCCCUGGUCACCCGUGCACUAUGUAGGGGGGAACGAUGUC